CAGGUAGAAAGACGUGUCACAUCAUGGAAGGAGUCGCGAAGCCACAAGCAACAUCCUUGUCCAGAGUUUCAGCUCAAAUGGGAGGCUGAGGUGGUUGAGUAUGUGCAGUGCCUGUGGAAGAAAACCCUGAACGACUCACCAAAUACACUGGGCUUCAAUGUCCCAUUGCUUGGCCCUCGAUUUCUGCCACCAACAUAUCUGCACACUUGUAAGUGUCCAGGCAAUGGAGCAGUUGAACCAAUGAUACAAUACCUGAAGCCAUUCAACAUUGUCCACCCUUUUUACAUCCCACAGCUUGCACGAUGCCCUUGA